AUGCGUACAAGAGUACUGCCAAUCCUAUUGGCACUCUGGACUCGUGUCAGUCGCGCCGAAAUCUACUUCGUGAACCCUCCACAAUUCGGCAUAACAGGCGACUUCAGCUCGAAUGCAGUCUACACUGUCGGGCAAAACUUAAGAGUCCAAUGGAGUGAUGCGCCAGACAACACGGGCAUAUCAGUGCUCUUGUACCAACUGAAUGGCACACAGUACAUGUUGCCGGGGCAAUAUCUCUUCCGUACGAACUUCCCCUUGAUUGUUGGCAUCAUGCUACAUUACUGGAGACUCCCAUCGGUUGUGUGUAUAGCUGACACCAGUUUUCCAGAAAAUGUCGUGAACACAACUGUUUACGAUUGGACCGUAGCCGUAUCGGAUAAUUUACCGGCGACUCUAGCCGAGUCAAACCUGUUCUACCUCUCCGUCUUCCAAGAAGGCAAAACAUCCUCAGAUUCUAAUAGUCACUACUUCAACAUCACCGAGGCGAAAUCGACAUCCACGUCUAGCAGCACCACCACAUCGUCGGCAAGCACAACGCUGUCUACAAGUACGCAAAUGGCGUCUUCCGUUACUCCAGCCUCCACAACCAGCACCAGCACUGCCUCAGCAUCCACGAGCAGCCAGCCUUCGAGCUCCGACACAAAUUUAAGCACAGGGGCGAAAAUAGGAAUCGGUGUUGGAAUCCCAGCAGCAGCAAUCAUUGGCAUCGGCGCAGGUUGGUUCUUUUUCGGACGACGACGCCGGCAACAAACAAACGCACCCGGCGCUGGGGCAGACCCGCGGUACUCGGACCCUUCAAUGGGCCCCAAUCAACAGGCUGGAAGCAGAGCCGUAUCAGAGUACUGGGCGCCGAAUCAUUUUAAUGGAGGGGAGCUCUACUCCAAACAAGCAGAGCCACUAAGGCAACAAUACAGCCCACCGGUUUUCGAGGCGAGUGGAGAGAGCAGGGUUACACAGCCGGCCGAGCUAUACACGGAUACACCGCAUCAGAGGUAG